GCGGCGUUUGAGAGUCGGGACAAUUUAAAGAGUUUUCCUCYGAGUUUGAAGCUCUCCACUUUGUGAAAUACCACAAGAAGAUGUCUGAUCAAGAGUACGACGACAUUGCAAGAGAUUCUACGGACGUCACUGAUCAAGACAUCGAUCAUCUACGCAAGAAGGACAUGGAUCCCGCCUCAGGUAGCGACUACAGUUCUUCAGAAAGCGAGGAUGAAACCUCACGAGACUUAAAGCAGAGGAAUGGCAUCCAGGAUGAAGCUAAGAACACAGACAAACCUGUUGAUUUAGAUGGAAACCAGGACGAAACGACAAAAGGAGAUCAAGCUCCAGACGACGAUGAAAAAUACUCCGGGAGCAGCGACUCAGAAACAGACUCGGAAUCAGAAACAGAUAGUGAGUCGUACUCAGASUCUGAGAGCUCUUCAGAUAGCGAGAGAGAACGAGAUCAAAAAGGAAAAAUUACAGUUGAAGAGCUCCCGAAAACGGGAACAGCAGCAAGCUUUAGGACCAGAUUCGAACAAGAAGCCCAGAAGAGUGCUGAGGUUCAGGCUUCUCAAAGGCGCGUUAAAGAUGAAAUCGAAUCAGGUCGAGCAAGUUCACAUCGAAAAAUCUUUGAACAAAAAAUUCAAGAGGAGUCUCAAGUUAAAACUUCCACACCAAGAAUUGAGGUUGACGGGGAUAAUAACUUUUCUGGGAAGGCGCGCUCACAUCGGGCCAUUUUUGAGCAAAAGGCACAAGAACAACAGUCUGUUUCCCCUUCCGCGUCCAGGAAAUUUGACGUGGACUUCUCUGGCAAGUCCAGAAAUACUCGCGCUCUUUUCGAGCAAAAGGCCAGGGAAGAGAGUGGUCCUUCUCCCACCCCGAAACGGAAAUUCGAUGUAGAAUUUUCUGUAAAGGCCAAGUCUCAUAAAGCAAUCUUCGAGCAAAAGGCUCAAGAAGCGUCUGAAACAAAGUCUGCUGGAAGAAAACUCUUAGAUUUGGGGGAUAAGGAAACUGAAUUGCAAGGAAAGGCUUUAUCACAUCGCAGUCUCUUUGAGAAGAAGAUUGCAGAGGAAAGCGAAGUAAAGACUAGUGCUGGAAGAACAUUGGAAGAGGAAGUCGCGCCUAAAAAGGGCUCCACGUUGUCUGCAGUAAAAAUAUUUGAGAAGAAGCAGACUGAGGAGUUCAAGAAACCAGAAAGGGAAGAUCUCAUUGAAUUGAUGAAGCAAAAGGAGAAAGAAUUGGCAAAGCACGAGAAGAAAUCCAGGAAGCACUCUAAGGGUCAUAAACACAAAGAUCACCAUCACAAAGAGCAUCAUCAUAAAGAACACAAGAAAAAGCGCCACUCGAAGGCAUCAAGUAGUGGCCACAGUGAACAUAGUGAUAGAGACCACAGUAGCACAACCGAGAGUCACGAAGUGGAAAUACGUGUCGAUACAUCGCAAGAUGUCGAGAGUGCGCCACACGAUGUAUUCGAUGAAAAUCGAGACGAAAAGGAUGACUACGACUCCGAAGAAGAAACGAGAAGGCGUUUGGAGGAAGAAGAGGAAAGGGAUCGUCUUGAGGAGGAACAGGAUAGACUGGAGGAAGAAAGAGAACGAGAAAGACUAGAAGAAGCACGACGAAAGCUAGAAGAAGAGGAGGAAAGACUACGUGAGGAGGAGGAAGAAGAAAGGAGAGCAGAAGAAGAACGCCGAGCUAGAGAAGAGGAGGAGAGGCAAAGGGAAGAAGAAGAACGUAGAAAGCGCGAAGAAGAGGAAGAGAGACAAAAACAAGAAGAAAAGCGGAGAAAAGAAGAAGAAGAAAGAAAGAAAAAGACAGAAACUGAAUCUGAUCCAACAUCCUGGAGAGCAAGACGAGAACGUCGCCGACGCGAAGAGGAGCGAAAAGAACGCGAGCGCACGGAAGCUGCCGAGCGCAGAGCUUCUAGAGAAAAAGAAGAAAUAAAACGAGGCGAGGAAGAAGCCAAACAAGCAAUAAGUACACCAUCAGUGACGGUUACCAAAACUGAUAGCCACACUGGAGAGAAAACCACCGAGGACGAGGAGACGAUGACAGCUGAGGAACGUCGUGAAAAGGCACGGCAGGAACGGAUCGCCAAACGACUUGCUCGACGAAAAGAACGACAGGAAUCCCAAGAAAACCUGUUAUCAGACACGAGUACCACCUCGAGAGGAACGCAAAGGACGAGUGAGGAUUCCGAGACGUCAUCUAGUAAAGAUACUGAGGAUGGUACUGCUAGCUCUUUUGCACAACGUCGCGCCGAACGAAGAGCAAGACAGGAAAGAAAGCGAAGUGAACAAAACGAGGAAAAGAAUCAUGUCGAAGAAGAAGAAACUCGUUCAACGAGAAAGACCCGCACUGCUAGGUCKAACCUCGGUAAACARGACUCCACUACAUCUGAAGAGGAGACCAACAAGUCCAACUACACCGCUACUGUGAAAUCGCGGUUCGAAAGAAAGGGCAGCUCAGAGAAGAACCUAGAAUCAGGCUCCAAGAGCGAGUUUACAUCUUCAAUGGACGAAAGUGAAAAAGACAGCCACGCCAGCGACAAAGAGCCACGAUCGACACGUCGUGUCAGAGACGAAACCGAUCGAGCCGCUCCAAGAUCGCGAACCGAGGAAAGCCCCUUUCAUUUAUCGAAAAAUCGUAUCRCCAAGAUCAAUGACAAGUCGAGUGAGGAGGAAUUAAAACCGUCCGGCUCUCCGCGUUUCCCAAGAGCAGGAAUAAAAGUGGAAACCGAGAAAUGUGAAGUUUGCCAYAAGACGGUCUAUCCAAUGGAGAAACUUGCAGCUGACAAGAAGGUCUAUCAUAAGCCUUGUUUUAAGUGCUCUGAAUGCCGACAAACAUUGAGGCUAGGAAACUUUGCCGCUUUAAAUGGUAAGCUGUUUUGCAAGCCUCACUUUAAGCAGCUGUUUAAACUGAAAGGWAACUACGACGAGGGCUUUGGACGGCAGCAGCAUAAACACCAAUGGGGGGCGAAAAUGAACGGAUCGGAUAGUAGUCCAGUCGAGUCAAGCUAGUACUUUUGAAACAAAGUACCACGUUUUUGACUUAAUAUUUUUUUUUGGUUGGGAUACCUGUGUUGAGCUGGAUGUAAUCUCCACAGGAAUCCCAUCUUCGAUGUUUUUAAAGUAGUUGAUUUAAUAGAGAUAAUUAUGACAAGGGCGGUCGAUAUUUUUUUCUUGGGAUUUAAAUAUUACUGAAUAACGCAAUCUUUUUAAUCAUUUGCUCGUGACAUUUAUUAAUWUUUUCUGUCAAUUUUUGUGUUUUUGUAUUUUCGUUUGUUUCGUUUGUUGUUGAUGUUUUGUAUUAACUGGAUUUUUUUUCUUGUGUUUUUUUUUCACGGAUUUAGUGCGUCUACUAUAGUGCUUGUUUACCCGUCUUUGUGCGUUUUAUUUGUUGCUAAAAUAACCAUUGUAAACAUUGUAUUUUCGUUAGAAAACUCUACAUCAAAACCUUAGURGAUACUUAUUUAUACAUCUAUUUCAAUUGACGUCGAUAUGGAUCAUGGGAAAUUUUCGAUGAGAUCCAUAAGCAUCAUGGGAAUGUUUUAAAUGASCAAAGCAUCGCAAACUCACGUUGAACUUCAAGCCUUUCCUUCUUAAUUGUUCUAACGUAUGCAAUACAGUGAUAUAGAAGCAAUCCAUCAUGCAUAAAUCAAAUUUAAUGAGUUCCCAUAAUUCAUAUCGGUCUAGUUCGAACUUUUCACUUCGACUCAACGUUACUGAAAAUAGUUGUAUGAAAAUGGCAUCCAACCAGGGUUUUGAUAACGUCAGAAUAUAUCAUUGCAUAAAAUAGAUAUAAAUUGCUGUAAUUGUUGUAUAAAGAGAUAAUCAAAUAUGAAGUAUUAGAUAUAACAAAAAAAUGUUGAAUUCUGUGUCGAGUUUCUGAACAACUUCAUGUUGUACUGGAUUUUAGAUUUAGUGAAUUACCUUAUUAGAAUUGAUAUAAUUUCGGACUAAUUUCUACUAUUUCUAUUGUUUAAUUUUAAUUUCUGUUAAAUGAAAAUAGAUAUAUCAGUACUUAUAUCACGCGUUUACAAYAACUCGUGGAUUGUGACUAAAAUCCCUAUUUCACUCAACUUCGUAGAAAUUAUUUGAAUAUUUGAGAGGCGCAAGUCAAUAUAGGUUAUUUUAAARAGAAACUUACGUCUCUAUUCUAACACUAUUUUCCAACCAAAUUAUUACAUAUUUGGAAUAAUGUGGGGCUUGCACAGUCACGUGGUCAGCCGCAUUGGAUGAUGGGAACAAUAAAUGCAACGGAAGUUUUAUUAUUUUSAAGUAAGACACUCCCGCUUUCAUGUGCUCGUGCAAUCUCCAAGCAAUUAUCAAAGAAAAUUAAAAAAACUGAUGACAAUUGCAAGAAUUUUUGGCAUUUUAAAAUUUUUGUAAAUUAAAUUUAGAUUUUCAUAUAUGUAAGCUUAAUGUGUUUAUAAAAUUUCGAAAUCCCACACUUAUURUGAAGAACCCAUGGAUAAUUUUAGAUUUGUUAUAAAGAAAUAAAGUUCGCUUUUAGACUGCU